UUGUAGGGAUGGCUGUGUUCAGAAGUCCUAGAGAGAUGGAGGUGGAGGAUUUAAACAUUGACGAAGAUCCAACCAUGGAUGUUCAGACAGAGACCCCAGACCAGGCUUUAGAGAAGACCCCAAAGUCAGAGACUGGGUCCUACAGGUGGGUCAUCGUGAGCUUUGGGCUGCUGUGUGUCCUACAAGCCACUCUCUACAUCUCCCUCCGUCUGGCCUUCUCCAACAAUCAUUUAGAGACCAAUUAUACCAUACUGAGCAGAGAGAGAGACCAGUUACAGACCAAUCACACCAACCUGACCAGAGAGACAGAUGACCUUUACAGGAGGCUGUAUGGUAAAUUGAAGGACUCUGACGAGCUCACUUCCUGUCCUGAUGGCUGGCUGAAGUUUGUUUGGAGCUGUUACUACGUCUCUACUGAGAUAAAGAACUGGGCUGCCAGCAAACAGGACUGUAUAGGGAGAGGAGCAGACCUGGUGAUUAUAAACAACCGAGAGGAACAGGUAUUCCUCGAUAACCUCAACAAGAGAGUGUGGAUCGGUCUGACUGACACAGUAACAGAAGGGACCUUUAUCUGGGUGGAUGGAACACCACUGACCACACCAAAGUUCUGGAUACCCGGUCAGCCUGAUAAUAAACAAUAUUCAGGUAAUCUUGAUGAGGACUGUGGUGAGAUAUUCCCCACAUACUUUUCUGCUGCCCCCCCCCAGACAUGGAACGAUGCCCCAUGUAAAAAUAUCAACUACUGGGUCUGUGAGAGAAGGAUGUGACGGUGCAGAUCUACUGUGGGGUUUCAUAUCUACUGGGUCUGUGAGCGAGGGAUCUGACGGUGCAGAUCUACUGUGGGGUUUCAUAUCUACUGGGUCUGUGAGCGAGGGAUCUGACGGUGCAGAUCUACUGUGGGGUUUCAUAUCUAUGAGUUGGAGACUUGUCUGUUUUCUUCUCUCUGCUUUCUGACCACUACUCAGCUAGGAGACAUUUUAUAAUCUACUUUGCAGGAAACGUCAGCUCUCAGGAAAUUGUAUAUGGAUCUGUUUAUCCACUUGUACUUUCACUGUCAAAUACUACAUGUCUCUGAUGUUUAACUAGUCGUGUUCAAGAAUGUAAAUUGCAAAUAUGUUGUUUUUGUUGUGCUUUUUUUCUAGCAGUCUAGUUGCCCUACAGUAGUAUACAUCGCCUAAUUUGGUUCUUUUAAUGGUUAAUUUGCUUACCUAUAAUAAAUGAAUUGCUUGUCUC